AAGAGCGUAAAGAGGUCUGGUUGGUGGAAUAGUGAUGAAAGACCGAACGAGUAAGGCCCGGACUAAUUGAAAGUAUUUAAAACAAUUGUUUAAUAUGACACCUGACCAAGAAACUGUUGAAAGGACAUUUGUAUUUAAAUUUCCUACGUGCACAACAAAACAAGAAUAUAAACUAGAAGUGCCAAUAUAUAUUCCAUACUCUGGUUCAAUAAAGGAAUUAACACAACGUCUGAUCUCUUCAUUUAAGCUGCCUUGUUAUGUUGAGAAAGAUCUACAACCAGCUCUAGAUACAUUUGUGAAGGAACAGACAAUUAAGUACUAUGAUGAUGUUUCUGAAAAACUAAUCCAGAGCACAAAAAGUGGAGAUGUAGAUGUUGAGGAAGUAAUCAAGAGUUGGGAGAAAGCAUUCAGAGAGGAAACAGUCGAAUAUACAGAGCCUCAUGGAGCCACAGAUGAAGAGUUGUUCUCUACUGUGUAUCAUAAAUUAGUCCAUUCACCAGCCCUAGAAACCAUGCUACAAGUGGAACACUCAUACACACUGGCAGUACGUGAACUAACGGGACAGCGGGAUGAACAACUUGCAGCUCUCACACAGAAGCAAACUGAGGAGAUGGCACGGGCUGUGGAAGGUGUGCAUGUGUACAACACUGAGCAGGAUAUCAAUCAGCUGGCAGCUCACCACUUUGAGGAUCAGAAUCUGUUGCAGGGGAAGUGGAACAGUGAGGUGGACACUCUGAAGGAGACACAGCGCAAGGAAUACCGGGAGUGGCUCAUGAAGAUGCUUGAAGAACAUCAAACCAAUGUCACUCUACCAACUCCUAUAAAUUCACCCCUAACUGCAUGCCCCCCAAGAAUAUUUCACAGUGGAAGUCAAGAGGACAAUAUGCCUGUUCGCCGUCUGGAAGAAAGUUUCACCAUUCAUCUUGGCUCACAGAUGAAACAGAUGCACAACAUUCGCAUACUCUCAGCUGACAUGUUGGAUUUUUGUCGCGUCAGACCACAAGCUUCAUUGGGCGGGCUUGAUCCCCAGCCCCAGCGACUUCAAACUGCUCUGAAUCUGUAUUCAAAUGAUCUGUAUGGACUGGUGCGUCUCACAGAUAGCCACAUCGGCAGUUACUCAGGCAUGAGCAAAGAGUUCAUUGAAGUGUGUCAACAUUCAACAGAAUUUCACUUCCCAUCGAUUGAUGAUCAGUUGGAGAAGAUUCGAGAUGAGGUGAAGGAGGCAGUGGCAUGGCGGCAGCCCCACUGGGGUUGCAGCACUGGUAGCGAGCAUCUGGUGGCCCUUACCUCAUCAGAACAGCAGUCCCGGCGCUCUGGGUCAACAAAGAACCUGCAGACAGGAGAUGUAUAUAUCACACGACAUUCCAAUCUGGCUGAAGUUCAUGUCAUAUUCCACAUGGUGGUGGAUGAUUCACUGAGAUCAAAUGAUAUUAAUUCCAGACAUCCUGUAAUCUUGGGAUUACGAAAUAUCCUGAAGAUGGCUUGCUCCAAUGACAUCACAACCCUAACAAUACCAGUUCUGUUGAUGCAUGAGAUGAGGGAGGAGAUGACUGUUGCAUGGUGCACCAAACGGGCUGAGUUGGUGUUCAAGUGUGUUAAAGGUUACAUGAUUGAAAUGGCAUCCUGGGGAGGUUCUGAGCUGAAGAACCUGCAGUUCCUGGUUCCUAAAGGUAUAUCUGACGAAGUAUUUGGAACUCUGGCCACCAUGUUGCCAAGUAUAUUCCGUGUGUCUAAUCCACUUGUCUUCAAAGCAUCAUCCUCAACACCACAUACACCGAAAAGUGGAUAAGCAGUUUGAGUGCAGCUUCUCCUUAAUUUAUAGCUUUGCUUGUUUAUGAUGUACAAAGAAAUAAAAAGGUAUUUUGCAAACUGGAGAAAUUACAUUUUCCUUU